AGACUCCCCACCUCUCUGGAAGCUGUGAGCCUCCAUUUGGAACCAAAAGAGUCUACAGGGGACUUCCAUGAAGCUACUGGCCUUACUCAGCCUGCUGGCCCUGAUGCUGCAGGAAGCAGGGACAGCAUCUCUCCCAAAGACAGAGAGGGAGAGGGAAGGAGACCAGCCACGAGGGGAAGGCGAUUCUUAUGCAGUUCUGCAUCUGGGGGACUAUGUCCUGAGCCUGGACAACUACGAUCAGGUCAUUGACCUGAGCAACUAUGAUGAACUCACAGACUACAGGGACCAGCUCCCCAAGGUUAAAGGGACCAGCCUGGCUUCUCCAACUAGGACAAGUUUCACUCAGAGCACAAAGGCUCCAAGGACACCCCCUUCAAACCCCACAAUGGCCAGGCCUAGGACGCUGGGCCUGCUGGUUUCCCCGACCAGCCACGGCCUGCCAACCUGUCUGAUCUGCGUGUGCCUUGGUUCCUCUGUGUACUGUGACGAUGCUGACCUAGAGGACAUCCCUCCUCUUCCCCAGACAACCGCUUACCUGUACGCCCGCUUCAACCGCAUCAGCCAUAUUCGGGCUGGAGACUUCAAAGGGCUGACAAAACUGAAGAGGAUUGACCUCUCUAGCAAUUUCAUCUCCUCCAUCGAUGACGAUGCCCUCCUCCUGCUGCCUGCUCUGCAGGAUCUGAUCCUCCCUGAGAAUAAGCUGGCAGCGCUACCUGUGCUGCCCACUGGCAUUGAGAUCCUGGACAUCCGCCUGAACCAGCUCCGGAGCUCAGGGAUACAGCCUGAAGCCUUCAGGGCGCUGGAGAAGCUGCAGUUCCUCUACCUGGCCGAUAACCUGCUGGACUCCAUCCCCAGGUCCCUGCCCCUGAGCCUGCGCUCACUACACCUGCAGAAUAACAUGAUAGAGACCAUGCAGAGGGACACCUUCUGUGACGCUAAGGAGCACAAACACACCCGGAGGCAGCUGGAAGACAUCCGCCUGGACGGCAAUCCCAUCAACCUGAGCCUCUUCCCCAGUGCCUACUUCUGCCUGCCUCGGCUCCCCACGGGCCGCUUCACCUAGCUCACCUUCCACUGCUCCCUAGUAAGAGCCCUUGGAGGACCACCGAGGGCACGGGCCUCCUGGGCCAUAGGGCCCGAUCCCUGUCAGUGGUCUUUCAUCCAGGCAUUAAUCACCCUCAAGAUCCGAUUGCAAAAAUCCACACACACCCCUCCCCCAACACACACACGGAAAUGUCUUCCA